AUGUACGCCGCUCAGAAUAUAACGCCAACAGUUUUGGAUGCUAUGAAUGGAAAUGUUUCCGAAUGGUAUAACGAAUGCGACAAUGCCAUUAGAAGGUCAGAAAUAGUUCCUGGAACUUACGAAUAUACAACUGCUGUUUCAUAUGGAAACGUAGGUGAGUUUGGAGAAGGUUCUUCAACAACAGUAGAUAUUGCUUGCGACAGGUUUCAUAUAAUUUCUAUUGACAACUCUUUCUUAUACGUGGAACAAGACAUUGAAAUAAAACCUUCUGCCAAGUUGUCUGACAAGAAAGGUUGCAAUGGAAUUUUCUAUGUCGGAUACCAAUAUGCUCCAGAAGUUUUCAUGGGAUAUAAGAUAUAUUCUAACUCUGACUUAGUUCAAACAGUAACAUGGGCAAACUAUGAAUGGUUCGCUUUGAGAAACUCAGUACAACCACAAGCUAGAGAACAAACAGACCAGUAUGCAACUAUUGAGAAAAUAAGAAGACUUGACCCUAACGUUCCAGGAGUUUAUGUUGACCUUUCUGGACAAACUGCAGCAGCAGUAACCAAAGUAAAACUGAAACUUAGAGUUCCUUUGUCAUCUUUCCUCAUCUUCAG